AUGAACCUUUUAACCAUGAUGCCGUGGAAGAGGCGAUCGACGACGAGUGAGCUCGAGGCGAAAUCGACGUCGGACUCGUCGAAAACGCUGAGUUUAAAGGAGCAGAUCGUGUCGAGACGCAAAUCGCGUCUAUUCGACGCUCGCAUUUUUUAUUCCGAUUACGGGCCGGACGAAACGAGGCAUAUCGCGAAAAUUUCGAGAAACAUCAUUGAGAACGCGAUGAAAACGCGCUACAUGUCGGAAGAAGAGUUCUACAAACGUUUGGCGUCGGAAAUCCAAUUGGAAGUUGGGAAGUAUGUGAGAAACGUGAUAAGCACGUGGUCGUGCGUCGCCGGCAACAAUUUCAGCAUUUGCACCGAGGCGAAAGCCGACUCGAUCAUUUUUCUCGCGAUUGGCGAUGUCAAAAUUCUGCUGUUCCGAACGCCAUUCGAACGCAAAUAG